AUGUCUGAUAAUAACCCUUUUAAUCAUGAUUAUGCAUUUCCUUUCUUUGGUGAAAAUCCCUCAAUUUAUGGUAAUCAAGCCAAUAACACACAAAACCCUCAUCAUAAUCAUCAUGAUUUUGACUAUUCUUCAUCUUAUAUGAGUAAUCUCACAGAGUGUUUACAUGGAGGGUCAAUGGAUCAUUACAACACUUUGUCAAGUGCUUUUGGGAUGAAUAAUUGUUCAUCAUCCUCUGAAGUUGUUUGUCCACAACCAUCAAUAGAUCAUCAUCAAGAAUGUUCUAGAAAGAAUAUUAAUAGUGUUGAUAAUCAAAUUCCAUUAACACCUAAUUCAUUAAUCUCUUCAUCUUCUAAUAGUGAGGUUGGUGGAUGUCAUGAAGAAGAUUCUUCAAAAAUCAAGAAAGAUGAUGAUCAGUGUGAAUUAGAUGGAGAUGAUGAUGAUGAUGAUAAUAAGUCUAAGAAAGUGGGGAAAUUGGCAAAGAAGAAAGGAGAAAAGAAACAAAAGGAACCAAGAUUUGCAUUUAUGACCAAGAGUGAGAUUGAUAAUCUUGAAGAUGGCUAUAGAUGGAGAAAAUAUGGUCAGAAGGCAGUGAAGAACAGUCCUUUUCCAAGGAGUUAUUAUAGGUGCACAAGUCAAAAGUGUAGUGUGAAGAAACGUGUUGAAAGAUCAUAUGAAGACCCAUCAAUUGUGAUCACUACAUAUGAAGGCCAACAUAACCAUCAUUGUCCAGCUACUCUUAGAGGAAAUGCUGCUGCUGCUUUAUUAUCUCCAUCCUUUUUAUCCUCCACACAACAACAAUUAUAUCAUAAUCCAAAUGAACAACAAAUUUUCUAUAAUCCAAAUAUUCCUAUAAAUAAUUCCUUCUAUAAUAAUAAUUAUCAUCAACAACAACCUCAAUUAGGCCCUGACUAUCAAUAUGGACUAUUUCAAGAUAUGGUUGCAUCAUUGAUCAACAAAAGAGAGCCAUGA